CGUGUGUGAGUGUACAGUAAAAAAGUCUAUAGGGUUUUUUUUCUUAAUUAUUAUCUCUAAAAGUGAAAUGCGAGUCCUGAGAGGCAGGAAUACUGACGAGGUGAAACUCUGAGCAGGUUCUUCACCUCACUGCUGUGACGUCACUGAAGGACCCAGACGGACGGAGGAUUUAGUGUGAGCGCCGUGUAGCGCUGAAACUGCCCGGCUGUCUGAAGCGUCUCCAUCUGACAGGUGAGUGUUUCAUCCGUGGGUUCCGUGUGUAAUUCAGGAACGUGUUCUGACUUGUUCAGCUCUGUGUUCAGAGAGCAGAGUGCGCCUUGGUGCAGGUGAGCAUGUACCCUUCAGGACUGAAGUCUUUAUCCCGGGUGAACCUGUUCCACUCGCCGCUAAUCUCCUUCCAGCAGCGGGGGGAUGAAGAGAGGCGCCGCGCCCUGACCGCUGCCUCGUACCACGACGCCGAUGUAAGCUGCGAGUACGGCUCGAAUAAAUACUACGCCCUGUGCGGAUUCGGAGGUGUCCUGAGCUGUGGGCUCACGCACACCGCCGUCGUGCCUCUCGACCUGGUCAAAUGUCGCAUCCAGGUGAACCCAGGUAAAUACAAGUCUAUCUUUAACGGCUUCUCCGUGACUGUGAGGGAAGACGGGCUCCGGGGCCUGGGUCGAGGCUGGGCUCCGACGUUCAUUGGCUACUCCAUGCAAGGCCUCUGCAAAUUCGGCUUCUACGAGCUCUUCAAGGCGCUCUAUAACGACCUGCUGGGAGAGGAGAACGCUUACCUCUGGAGAACGUCGGUGUACCUGGCCGCUUCUGCCAGUGCAGAGUUCUUUGCGGAUAUUGCUCUGGCCCCCAUGGAGGCGUGUAAAGUGCGCAUCCAGACGCAGCCAGGUUACGCCAGAACCCUGAGAGAGUGCGCCCCAAAAAUGCAUGCAGAGGAGGGGCUGUGGGCGUUCUACAAAGGUGUGUAUCCUCUGUGGCUGCGUCAGAUCCCCUACACCAUGAUGAAAUUUGCGUGUUUUGAGCGUACGGUGGAGUUGCUGUACAAGUACGUGGUGCCCAAACCGCGCAGUGCCUGCUCCAAACCCGAGCAGCUCGUCGUCACCUUCAUCGCUGGGUAUAUCGCCGGUGUGUUCUGCGCUGUGAUUUCACACCCAGCCGACUCGGUGGUGUCUGUGCUCAACAAGGAGAAAGGAAGUUCAGCCAUACAGGUGCUGAAGAGGCUGGGACCUCGGGGUGUGUGGAAGGGGCUGUUCGCUCGCAUCAUCAUGAUCGGCACACUGACCGCCCUGCAGUGGUUCAUUUAUGAUUCGGUGAAAGUUUAUUUCCGCCUGCCACGCCCGCCUCCCCCAGAGAUGCCCGAGUCUCUAAAGAGGAAGAUGAGUUUGGCAGGCCGAUAGAGAGCAAACACACCUCACGAGCAAAAUGUACCAAAACAUUCCAUGUGGUUUGACCAGUGAAUGAGUGAGACAUUAAUUCUGGAGUGAAGUUAAUGAUAUUAA